AUGUCGCCCGUCUCUGUCAUCCGUGUCGCGACACGCGCCGUCCGCCCUGCCAGCCUCUUCAGAGCUCCCCAAUUGCCCCGGUCCCGCCUGCAGACCCCGGUUGCUCUCGCUAUCAACCGUCCUGCUUUCAGCACCUCUUCCAAACGUCUCGGUGGCCACCACGAGGACGAGACAUACGAGGAGUUCUCUGCCAGAUUCGAGAAGGAAUUCGACGGUGUCCAGGAUGUCUUCGAGCUCCAGCGCAAUCUGAACAACUGCUUCGCCUACGAUCUCGUCCCUUCCGUUGAGGUCCUCUCCGCCGCUCUUAAGGCCGCUCGUCGUGUCAACGACUUCCCCACUGCUGUCCGUGUCUUCGAGGGUAUCAAGGCCAAGGUCGAGACCCAGGACCAAUACAAGCAGUACCUCGAGGCCCUCGAGGGUCUUCGCCAGGAACUCGGCGUUGCCCUCCGCGAAGAGCUCUACCCCAACGAGCAGUAA